GCCGAACUUUUGGAAGUUAAUAUAUACCAUAACUAUGUAUAUACAUACCUUGGUUGUUGUCGAACAGGAGUUAUUUUCUAAUCUUCAGAUACAGUAAAAGAUGGCUAAUCGAACAUCAACUAAGUCAAAAGCAGGAUUUCGCACUUUUAAACCAACACCAACAUUCCAGAAGAAAGAAGAGAAAGUGCGACAGUCGAUACUAUUGGAAACAAAAGAGAAACUGCGAAAUGAUAUAAAGAAGAUUUUCAAAGAUCCUCAAUACAGCGAUGUAGUACUGGUAUCUCAUUCCAACGAGUUUCCUGUUCAUUCCUUUAUUUUGGAAGCCAGAUUUCCUGAAUUUUUCAAUCUCAUUCAAAGCCAGCCGCCUAAAUCACGCAAGGUUACCAUCACAGAGAAGGUGACAUAUGCUGAUUUAGAACAAUGGGUUGAGACACUAUAUUCUGAAGAUAACAUAGAUCGUACAUCAAUUGAAGAAGCAUUGACCUUGAACAAGGGAAAGAGUGGGAUAUAUCCAACUGACAAGGACGUUUCAUUGUCCACUGAUUUGCUAUCACUCUUAAAUGAAACAUGUACAGGAGAUGUCGAGUUUUCUGUACAGGGAAAGUGUAUUAUGGCCCACAAAGCAAUUUUGGCUGCUCGUUGUGACUAUUUUUCCGCGAUGUUUUCAUCAUCAUGGAGAGAAGAGUCCUCAUCAAGCAUUACAAUACCUGAUGUUAGCUCCGACGUAUUUCUUGCCACUCUGAAAUUCAUCUACGGCGCGAGUCAAGAUAUUCUAAGUUUUCCCGUUUCAAAAGUACUCCCGGUUGCCGAUAUGUAUGGUUUGCAAGAUUUGGUGGAUUUAAUUGUGGUUGACCUGAAGGUUACCAAGUGCCAUUUAUUUCACAAGCCCUGCACGUACUGUAUACCUCAAGUGUACGAUUGUUUGAAAUUGUGUGAACCUUUCUACCACACACACAAUUUCCAAAUACAAUGCAUUCAGUGGAUAUGUAAAAAUUUUCAGAAGACGCUAGAGUGCAAACAUUUUCCUCAAUUAUCUGGGAAAUUCCAAAGUGACGUGCAACAGGGAAUACUCAAACAGUUGUCGUCUUCAACAGUCGCGGUGACAUGGCUGAAGUGCAAUACUUUGCUCGCUUCACUAAAUAACCUCAACACAAGCUGGACUCAACCAGUUGUAACUUUUGUGGAGGAGAUACACGACGCUUGUCUGAAAGAAGCUAUAGAAAACUUUCAAUAUGUGUGCGAGUUGCCAACCAUUUCGGCUUUUUUUAUAGGAGCCAACAAUUCAAGUCCUCUCCUAGAGCAGUUUCUGAAUGAAGUACUGAGAAAACAAGCGGUAUCAAACUGCUGCUAUGUUUUCCAAGGCUUACAAAAACUUGUUAACAGACUUGUUUCGAUGGACGAAAGUGAAAGACAUUACUGUAGUCCGUUUGACCUUGACUCGGACAGCUUCCUGGUCAUACAGGAGAGCCUUAAGCGAUGUGAGAAAUUUAUUAUUGGCAGAAUUGGGCCAGUUUCACAAACGAACGCCUGGAAGGAGAUUUCUCCGUCAAAGCAACAGGAACUAAAAAGUAGUGCGUUUUUUGUCGAUUUGUAAAAUCAUUCAGAUGAAAUGAGAUUUACAUGCUAACUGUUCGGUAUCAGCAACAUUGUUACACAUUGAUAAUAUGAUGAAAAAUAAAAUCAUUAUUUGCAUUAUUAAUAUUUCAAUUACACAUACCAUAAACAUUCGACCGGUCUAUCAUGAAUCACCAUCUUAUGCAUACAGUCGUACAAGUCAACGAUGACCAUUAGAGUAGACGACUGGCUCAAUUGAAAGGGCUCCUUUAUUGGUUGGUGUGUUUUCGUUUUGCUGGAUUUUCAAUGGCUAGUUUUUUAAAGAGUUCCCAGAAUUAAAUAGUAAAAUAAAGACAAUCACAAAGGAAUAAAUUU